AUGGGAGUCAGGGGGAGAGACGUACCACGGUGCAGACGGGUGAGAGCUCACGGGGUGCAGAACGGGGAGAGAGUACACAGGUGCAGACGGGGGGAGAGCGGGGUCAGGGGGAGGAGAGUACACAGGUGCAGACGGGGGAGAGAGUACACAGGUGCAGACGGGGAGAGAGUACACAGGUGCAGACGGGGGAGAGAGGUACACGGUGCAGAUGGGGGGGGGAGAGAGUACACAGGUGCAGACGGGACGGAGACGAGUACACAGUGCAGACGGAGGAGAGAGUACACAGGUGCGCAGACAGGGGAGGAGCGGUAUCAGGAGGAGAGAGUACCAAGGUGCAGACGGGAUGUGGAGAGCGGGGGUCAGGGGGAGAGAGCUACACAGGUGCAGACGGAGAGAGCGGGGUCAGGGGGGAGAGAGUACACAGGAUGCAGUACGAGGAGAGAGUACCACAGGUGCAGACGGGGAGAGAGUACACAGGUGCAGACGGGGGAGGGGCGGCGGUCAGCGAGAGGCCGAGAGUCCACAGGUGCAGACGGAGGAGAGCGGGGUCAGGGAGAGAAUAGUCCACGACAGGUGCAGACGGUGAGAGAGCGGGUCAGGGGGAAGAGAGUAACACAGGUGCAGACGGGGGAGAGCGGGGUCAGGGGGGAGAGAGUACACAGGUGCAGACGGGAGGAGAGUAGUACACAGGUGCCGAGGCGAGAGAGUCCGAACCAGGUGCCAGACGGGGAGAGAGUACACAGGUGCAGAUGGGGGAGAGAGUACACAGGUGCAGACGGGGGAGAGAGUAACACAGGUAGGCAGAGGAGGAGAGAGUACACAGGUGCAGACGGGGAGAGCGGUAUCAGGAGGAGAGAGUACACAGUGCCGACGGGAGAGAGCGGGGUCAGGGGGAGAGAGUACCAGGUGCAGACGGGUGAGAGCGGGGUCAGGGGCAGAGAGUAA